AUGAGCCAGAAGAUCCCAUAUGAUUCUCAAAGACAGGCUGCUUUGACACAACAAUUUGAUCAUGUGAAGGCUAUGAUUGAUACAGAAUCCAAGGCAAGGGCCACUGAACCUGUUUCAUUAUUAGCUGUCUCUAAAUUAAAACCUGCAAGUGAUAUACAGAUUCUUUAUGAUCAUGGUGUUAGAGAAUUCGGUGAGAAUUAUGUUCAGGAAUUGGUCGAGAAAUCUGAAUUGUUACCAUCAGAUAUUAAAUGGCAUUUUAUUGGUGGUUUACAAACAAAUAAAUGUAAAGAUUUAGCAAAAGUGGCUAAUUUAGCAUAUAUUGAAACUUUAGAUUCUUUGAAAAAAGCUAAAAAAUUGAAUGAAGCUAGAGGUAAAUAUCAACCUGACCAACCUGCCAUUGCAUGUGAUAUUCAAAUUAAUACAUCUCAUGAAGAUCAAAAAUCAGGUUUACAAAACGAAAGUGAAAUCUUUGAAAUGGUUCAAUAUUUGAUAUCUGAAGAAAAUAAAUAUGUAUCCUUGAGCGGAUUGAUGACUAUUGGAUCAUGGGAUGUAUCUCAUGCUGAAGGGGAAGAAAAUAAAGAUUUUUCAACUUUAGUAGAAUGGAAAAAGAAGAUAGAUGAAAAAUUUGGUACAAAGGUAAGAUUAUCAAUGGGUAUGAGUGCAGAUUUUAAGCAAGCUAUAAAGCAAGGAACCUCAGAAGUUAGAAUUGGCACGGAUAUAUUUGGUGUUAGACCACCAAAGGAUCAAGCAAAAAUCCUAUAG